AUGCCGCUGCGCUUCUCGAUUCAGCCCUCUACCAAGGCCCUGACAGGCGCGUUCGCCGGGCAAAGGCCAACCUCCGCGUCAUCUCUCACCACAUAUGCUGUGACGAGAGCGGCUUCUUCAAAAGCUUCAACGCAGAAGCGGACCGAUUUCUUUCGGAUUGCGCAGGCACGUCAGCGCAAAGCUGCAAAUCUCUCUCGUCAAAAAGUCCUCCAGACCGAGCGGGAGGCAUCUCUCGGUGACCCCGUGAAAAGCGAGCCGACCCCUUUCAUUCAAGAGAUCGAAUCGACCCAGAAAGUAUCUCAAACGCGUACCACCGAAAACAAGCUCAACUUCUAUCUCAAUCCGAGCGAGCUUACCAGUGCACUGUCAUUCUCGAAAGAUCUCAGUGAACCCCUGCAAAACCCUGAUCGGGAUACUGCCGACCCUCAAAUCGAAAAGGAGGCACUCGAGCAACAUGAGAGGGCCCAUAAGAACGCACAAGAGGCAAUUCAGCGUAUAGUCAACCUCAACAAUGGCAACACCAAAGAUCGCAUGCGGUUGAAUAUACAAAAAUGCAUUGAGCAACUUGGCCGACACCACACAGACUCGGUUCUGCCGCCGAAGCCUGCUAGCUUGCAAAACGAUAUGUCUACGGGUAAUCUAGAAAAGGCCGUUCGUGUUGGUCCCGACACCGGGUCUCCCGAGGUCCAAGCUGCCAUCUUGACGGUCAAGAUCAUGAACCUUUCCAGACAUUUGCAGACCGCCAACAAGGAUAAGCACAACAAGCGUAACCUGCAAAUUCUUGUGCACAAGCGACAAAAGCUCUUACAGUACCUUCGUCGGAAGGAACGGGGCGGUCCUCGAUGGCAAAACCUGAUGCAAACAUUGGGUUUAUCUGAGGCAUCAUGGAAGGGGGAGAUUGCUAUCUAA